GGAAAACUGAGCCACAGCCACGACGGUGGACGCGAGCGUCUCCUGUCUGCGCAUGCGCCCGCUCGGCGGCUAGCUUCUAUUUAUGUGGGGGAUCCAACAUGGCGGCUGCGGCGACCCUGGCGAUGGCGGUGGAGCCCAUCAGAACAUAGUGGCGGGGAAGGGGGCACGGUCCGCACUCACGGUGGCGUCGGCGGAGACGGCUGAGGGUGGUGGAGGGCAGAAAAGCGAAGGAGAGCGAAAGGAAGGGCGGGCAGGCAAACAACUCGGCGUAGAACCGAGCGCCGGCUCGAGCGAGGGCAGAGGGCCAGAACAGUGGGGAUGGCGGAGCCGCGCAGAGUAGCGUUUAUUAGCCUGUCACCGGUGAGGCGGCGCGAGGCCGAGUACCCGGGAGCUGAACGCGAGCCCGAGUACCCUCGCGAGCCCCCCCGUCUGGAGCCGCAACCGCACCGUGAGCCGGCCCGGUCGGAGCAAUCGGCCCCACGGGAGGCUGCCCCCCGGUCGGACGCGCAGCCCCCGCCGCGCGAGAAGCCGCUCCCCCAGCGCGAGGUCAGCCGCGCCGAACCGCCCAUGUCGCUACAGCGCGAGCCUCCGCGGCCCGAGCCGCCGCCGCCGCCGCCGCCGCCGCUCCCGCAGCUGCACUUGCAGCCGCCUCCGCCGCGGGAGUCAGCUUCCCGGGCCGAACCGCCGCAGAAGCCGCCGAGGGAGACGGUGCGCCUGGAGCUGGUGCUCAAGGAUCCCACCGACGAGAGCUGCGUGGAGUUCAGUUACCCGGAGCUGCUGCUGUGCGGAGAACAACGGAAUCUGAAGAAGCCCGUUCCCACUGAAGACCCAUUUAAUGAUGAGCGUCACGAGAGGCAAGAAGUAGAAAUGUUGGCUAAGAAGUUCGAAAUGAAAUAUGGUGGGAAAUCCCGUAAACACCGGAAGGAUCGGCUACAAGACUUAAUUGAUAUAGGCUUUGGCUAUGAUGAGACAGAUCCAUUUAUUGAUAACUCAGAGGCUUAUGAUGAAUUAGUUCCUGCUUCUCUAACAACAAAAUAUGGAGGCUUUUAUAUCAACACUGGCACUCUUCAGUUUCGCCAAGCUUCAGAUACUGAAGAAGAAGAUACUACAGACAACCAAAAGCACAAGCCACCCAAAAUUCCCAAAAUAAAAGAAGAUGAUAUUGAGAUGAAGAAGCGGAAGCGGAAAGAGGAAGGGGAAAAGGAGAAGAAGCCAAGGAAAAAAGUACCCAAACAACUGGGAGUUGUGGCUCUAAAUUCACACAAGUCUGAAAAAAAGAAGAAACGUUAUAAAGAUUCUCUUUCUCUAGCUGCCAUGAUACGAGAAUUUCAGAAAGAGAAGGAAGCAUUAGAUAAGGAGUCUAACCCGAAAGUCCCCGUCAAAGUCCCAGUGAACUUAAUGACCACUGCUCUGAAUAAACCCCCCUCCACUGCUGUUGCAUUGGGAAGUGAUGUCUCAGACUUAAACCUGAACAAUGCUGACCCGGACCUCCCCAUUUUUGUUAGCAAUGAACGUGAACUGUUUCAGGAAGCUGAAAGUGCCCUAAAGAUGCUAGAUGAUAUCGACUUGGACAGAUUUCUGGAUGUUGCUUCUGAUGGUAGCCCCCUCUCGGAGUCAGGGGGAGAGAAUGGAAACACCACCCAGCCAACCUAUGCCUCUCAGGUGAUGCCCAAGGUGGUACCUACACUCCCAGAGGGUCUACCUGUCCUUCUUGAAAAGCGUAUUGAAGACCUCCGUGUAGCUGCCAAACUUUUUGAUGAAGAAGGAAGGAAAAAAUUCUUUACACAGGAUAUGAAUAAUAUUCUUCUGGAAAUGCUUUUUAAGGAAAGCCGGAGAAACUUUGUUGUUUUUUUUUCUCAGGAUGAUCGUUUAAGAGAACCUCUGCAGAAACUGAAACUGGCUGUUAGCAAUGUCAUGCCUGAACAGCUAUUUAAAUACCAGGAGGACUGCCAGGCUCGGAGUCAAGCUAAGUGUGCCAAGUUGCAAACAGAUGAAGAACGAGAAAAAAAUGGAUCGGAGGAAGAUGAUGAUGAGAAGCCAGGGAAACGUGUCAUAGGACCAAGAAAGAAAUUCCACUGGGAUGACACCAUUAGCAUUGAGUUACAGCUACAGGAACUAGGCCCUGUCAUUCGUAGUGGUGUCUACUCCCAUCUCGAAGCUUUUGUGCCAUGCAAUAAAGAAACACUGGUAAAACGUCUAAAGAAGUUACAUCUCAACGUCCAGACGUUGACAGUUGGCGGUUACUGCCCUAAGUCAAGUGAUACAGAUGGGGCAAAGAAAAAGGUGAUUCCUCCACCUAAACCCAAAGUGAAGGAGUGUAGUCCAAAAAAGGACCAGAAAACUCCUGCAUCCUUGGUGGCCUCACUUGGUGGUCCUUCAGCGAGCUCGAGCACGUCUGCUGUGGCCUCCACCAGUUCCAGCUCUACACCAGCCCAGGAGACGAUCUGCCUUGAUGACUCACUAGACGAAGACCUUUCUUUCCACCCACCCGCACUAGAUCUUGUUUCUGAAGCUUUAGCUGUUAUCAACAAUGGGAACAAGGGCCCCCCAGCUGGCUCAAGGAUAAACAUGCCAACUGCAAAACCUCGUCCAGGACUGAGGGAAGAGAAAUUAGCAAGUAUCAUGAGUAAGCUGCCACUGGCUACUCCCAAAAAACUAGAUUCUACCCAGACUGCACAUUCGUCAAGUCUUAUUGCUGGUCACACAGGACCAGUACCAAAGAAACCCCAGGAUUUAGCUCAUACUGGCAUCUCGUCAGGCCUUAUUGCCGGUUCUUCAAUUCAGAACCCUAAAGUCUCCUUAGAACCUUUGCCAGCCAGGCUACUUCAACAAGGACUACAGAGGUCAAGCCAGAUUCAUGCUUCCUCUUCGCAGACCCAUGUCUCCUCUUCCUCCCAAGCCCAAGUUGCUGCCUCCUCUCAUGCUCUGGGAACAUCCGAGGCCCAAGAUGCUUCUUCGUUAACACAAGUAACCAAGGUGCACCAGCAUUCAGCUGUCCAACAAAAUUAUGUGUCUCCAUUACAAGCAACCAUUAGUAAAUCACAGACCAACCCAGUGGUGAAAUUAAGUAAUAAUCCCCAGCUUUCCUGCUCAUCCUCACUUAUUAAGCCUCUCGAUAAGACACUUAUGUACCGCCUUCCCGUAUCUACUCCCUCACCCGGAAAUGGUUCUCAAGGGUCCCACUCCCUGGUUUCUAGGACAGUACCUAGCACCACUACCUCCAGUAACUAUUUAGCCAAGGCUAUGGUGUCACAAAUCUCCACGCAGGGUUUCAAAUCUCCCUUCUCCAUGGCUGCAUCCCCCAAACUUGCCGCAUCCCCCAAGCCCGCCACAUCUCCUAAGCCCCUGCCCUCACCUAAGCCUUCUGCCUCACCCAAGCCCUCUCUGUCAGCUAAGCCUUCAAUAUCAACUAAACUUAUUUCUAAAUCCAACCCGACUCCCAAGCCUACUGUAUCCCCAAGUUCUUCCAGUCCAAAUGCACUAGUAGCCCAGAGUAGCCACUCCAGCAGUAACAACCCAGUCCAUAAACAGCCCAGUGGAAUGAACAUCAGCAGACAGUCUCCGACCUUGAAUUUGUUGCCCUCUAAUCGCACUUCAGGCCUUGCGUCUACAAAAAAUCUUCAGGCCUCUUCAAAGCUACCAAACUCAUCAUCCACUGGAACUGUUGGGAAGAAUAGCUUGAGUGGACUUGCAAUGAAUGUACCUGCCAGUAGAGGUAGCAACCUUAACUCAAGCGGAGCUAAUAGGACUAGUCUAUCUGGGGGAACAGGAAGUGGAACACAGGGUGCUACUAAACCGUUGUCUACUCCACAUAGACCAUCCUCUGCCUCAGGGUCUUCAGUGGUAACAGCCAGCGUGCAGUCCACAGCAGGAGCGUCAUUAUUGGCUAAUGCCUCACCUCUGACUCUCAUGACAUCACCUUUGUCUGUAACAAAUCAAAAUGUGACUCUUGGGAUGCUGGGUGGCCUUGUUCCAGUGACCAUGCCCUUCCAGUUUCCCUUGGAGCUACUUGGCUUUGGAACGGACACAGCUGGAAUGACAGCUACGACGGGAUCUACCUCAGCGGCCUUCCACCACAGCCUGACCCACAAUUUACUAAAGGGUUUACAGCCAGGAGCUCAGCAUGCAGCAACACUUUCCCACUCACCUCUGCCUACACAUUUACAGCAAGCAUUUAAUGAUGGAGGCCAAAGUAAAGGGGACACUAAAUUACCACGGAAAUCUCAGUGACUUCCCAACAAGCAAAGGAGAUGGGACACUCAGCUGGCUGAUGGAAUCUACCUGAUGGGAAAGUACUCAUGUAGUCAUAGGGCUGCUGUUCUGUCGAUGUUUACAUUCUCUCGUCCCAAGCACUGUGGUGAGGAGGAAAAAGAAAAGAAAACAUUACUUGAGUAAAGCCAGGUGCAGGAGGAAGAAACGCUUUCUUGCAAAGUUAGUGACCUUUGGUCUCUUCUACAGAAAGACAAAGUUACCAUAUUAACUGACUUGAAAGAGACUCAGUUGUCAAACCCACAGAAGUACAAAUUUGAUUUUUCCCCGGGGAGGAAGAAAGAAAUUGAGGAUUUGGGUCAACUCCAUCCAUCCUGGGGGUUGGAUCUGAACACUUGUAGACAUCAUUCAUAAUAAAAGUCAAUAUAUCGGAAUUAGGCCAGUUUGUCAGGAGUAACGAGCAUGUCUAUUUGAGCGGACUAUGCAGCAAAUCUGCCACAAAAAGAAUUAAUGACACUAUGUCUGAGACAGACAGUAUCUGAGUAAAUACUACCCUCAAAAUUCCUGAACAAACUUGAAUCUUCUCCAGUGUGUAGCAACUCCCCCAUGAAAACCAGUGGACUAAAGAUGCUCCAGGAAAGUUAUUUUAGCACAGUGAUAUAUAUUCUUAUUAAAUCAUGGAGAUUUUUAAAAGUCAAGGAAUUGAGCCUGUUGCUCUUAACAGACGAAACGUAGAUAUCCCCUUUUUGUAAAAGGGUCAAUUUCAUCUUCCAUUCAGAAGCAGGUACUUAACUCCCUUGUUCAGGUGAUUUGUACAUCUGGUAUUGACUGGUUAAUUCUUAUUUCCAUUCUUGAUGUUAAAAUGUGACUAUAUUCACAUUUGUCUCUUGAGAAAUGGGGAUUUUUAAUGUAGGGCUGAGGCUUUGGUGCUCUUAGCCCUUGCAGGCCUACCACGAGGAAUUGUAAAUUGCCCCCAACUUCACCUCAGUUCACAACUUCUUCUGUUCUUUCAGCUAGUGGUACUUCAGGUGACUGUUAAAUAUUGAUAUAAACAGGUAUAAAGUGUGUACUACUACAUAUGUUUCUUCAUUGGCCAUUCAAAUAGCAUAUAUAUAUUUUUGGAAUUUUUAAGAUAGUAUUUUAAAGGGAGGAAUAACCAUAGAAUCAUUAUGUGUACAAGGGAUUAUUUUUUUAUAACAGUCACGGUGUAUUUUUACUCCCUAGAUCCAGUGUAGUGAAAUAGAUUUGGAGUAUUUACUAAUAUUGACUCACAAUAUCAAUAUGUGAGUAAACCUGCACAUAGUAAGACUCCUUGGUUAUUACGGUUUCCUUAUGCAAAUACCAUAUUCAACAAAGGAUGUUAAGGGAGACAGGUAUGGUUCUGUUUGGAUACAUUUUAUUUCAUUUUUUUACACCUCAUCAUCAGUAUCUCUCUCCUUUUGUUUUUUUCUUCCUAUUAAGACUUAUGCAAGUUUUCAAACUGUACCCAAGAGUGGUGUAAGCUUGGUCCAUUUAUAAUAACAGACUACUCUAAAAAUUAGCAUAGAUUGGUAGUAGCAAGAUUUCUUGCAUAUGUUUUAAUUAUAAAUCACCCUAUACCCUUAAGUUGAUUCAAAGAAGAGUAUUAACCAAGCCCUUUUUUCCUUUUAUAAGCAAAAGUCCCAAAUAGCCUAUUGGACUGUGAAUAAAUUACCACAGAUGUAUUCAGAUCUGUAUACCUAUAUUUUGACUUCAAAGUCACAUUGGCUUGCUUCAUAGAAAGAAAGUUAAUAAAUAACUGAAAACUUUAGUUCCAAGAACUUGUCAAAGUAAGGGGAAAGGAUUAUUUCAGGGGGAUCAUUGAUAUAAUUACUUGUCUCUAAGAACUUAGUUUACCUGUAAAACAAAUAAGAAAGUUGUAUCAAUCCUGGUAGAUAUUUUGGAAGGAUAUUGGAAGGGAUGUUGCAGAGAGGUUUGACUUGAAUUGGGUAUGUUUGAUUAAAAUUUGUUUGUUUUUUUUAAUUAGGGAAGAUUACCCAAUUCUUGAGUUAACCAGUGUAGCAUACUUCUUGGUUUUAUCUAAUCUGGGGGGAAAGGCGGGGGAGUCUUUGCUAAUACUAUGUAGGAGUUUUCCUUUGCAAAGCCAGCCUUUGUUUUACUUCCCAUCCCAGGAGAGAAGUCAGUGCACAUUAAUCUCUUCCUGCUGAUAACUGUGCAUGUAUUCAUUUGUGUGUGGGUAUAUAUACACAUAUAUUUAUUCAUACAUAAAUUCAUUACUACUUUAAGUCAAGGAAUGAUCAUUUUAAUUUCUGAAAUCCAUCAAUUCUGAAUUAUGCCAUGUGAAGAUCCCUAAUUAUUCUGUGAUCAUUAGAGAAGAAAGGAUUAUCAAUUCUUCCCCCUGGUAUCAUUUUAUAACUAACCGUUAAAAAUAUCUGAAGACUCUUGGCUCUUAGAAGUCAAUAUAUAUGGAGAUUGUGUUCUGUUCUCCUCAGUCUGGAUUCCUUGGGGACUGCUGCCAGAUGCCCACCUCCCCCCCAGCCCACCCCACCACAUUUUCACUAACUCACCUCCAUUUCAACCAAGACUACCCUUUUAUUUUGUACAAAUGAAGCAAAAACCCUUAUUUCUCUUAAUAGAUAAAUAUGGUCAAAGAGGUCCUACAUGUAAAUAUGAAACUUUCUUUUCUAGACCAUGACAUUGAAAAUGGUGUUCAAACUAUAUGGUCAUCUGUCUUUACAGUUUUUUUUACUAAAAACCAAACAUAUAAAUUGGUUAUUUUUUAGCACAGAGACUUGUGACUCAUACUGUAUUUUUGCACUUAAAACUCAAAUUAUGUUAUUUUUUAAAAUGGUGAGUCAUUGGAAAGGAUAUAGAGCCGUGUGUAUCUCUGAAGAACAUUAGCAGCAUCCCAGAGCAAAUGUAAUCAGCACACUUACGUCCCCCUUGGUGGGAUUCUCGAUUCAGGAAAAUGAAGCUGUUUUCAACUGUCUUGUAUUUUAAACUGCCUUCACUGAUGUAUAAGCUGUUACUGUACAUACAAGCUAAUCCUCAGUAUUCAUAAGCAAUAAUGGUCAGCAGAGCUGUCUUCCGCGACAGCAGUGCUGAGCCCCCGUUGGAGACUGUUUGGGAGCCAAGUGUCAAGCUCAUUCAGAGCCUCCAAAAUCAAUGCAAGCAAUAAUUCCAUUAUAAGUUGAUUCUAAUUCUCUCUCCUAUGCUUCUGAGAUCAGAGGGUAACAAACAUCAUGGUUUUAAAACAACCUGAGGAAAAACGUUUUGGGGAGAAGAAGAAGGUUAAUCUGAAGUCACAGAGGCCUGAUAGUCUGAGGAAAUCAGAGGAUUGUGUUAAUCUAUUCUUUCAUGCCUACCCACCCCUUUGAUGGAUGUUGUUAGCCCAAAUAACAUUUUUUUUAAUAUCAUAGGAGUUGAAUAGGGCUUAUUGUAUCACCAAGGUAGGAGAAAGAACCGGGCGCAUACACAUUUGAAUACUGUGGGUUUGACACCUGAAAACAAUUUAUUGGAAAAGAUUUUUAACCCAGGAUUUUUUUUUUUUUUCCCAAAGCAGAUCUAAAUUGUUUACUACCCAGGGUUGGAAAGGGCAGACACCUCGGGUCUUUUUCCUCUGGUUGCCCUCUACCACACCCCUUUCCACCUCUACUUGGUUCAAGACAUUUUCUGAAACGGAAAUGCUACUGUUUUUCAAACUGCCAUUGAUUAUGAGAACUCUCUGUCCCUUGGGAUCAUCUCGUAGAACUCCAGUUAUCGAUCAGAUUUGCUGCUACAUUUGUCAAAUGAACUUUGCCUGCAUUGGUUGACUUUAACCUAAUUUACAGUUCUUUAUUUCUAGAAGGUUUUGUCAUAAUUUGACCCACGUAUAGAAUUAGGAUACUUUAUUUUAGGAGUGUACCAUAAAAGCACACUGGUCCCUGUAUUCUUUGUAUCAUCAUUUAGGUUUGGAAGUUGUGUUUGCUUGUUUUGUUCGUUGGUAUUUGUUUUGUUUGAAAUUAGAAAUAGACGAGUGAGAGAAAAAUCUGUAAUCAGGCCAAACUUGAGACUUGCCCUGUGCUUCAGCACUGUAGUUCCUGUCGACGUGUGUUCUCAGAAGGGGCACUUUUACUUUCUGUUGUGCAUGGAUGAUUGUUUUGUUUUGUGUCUUUGCUUUUGGGGGCUUUUGUUUUUGUAAUAAUGAAGCAGAAGAAAAAUACAGUAGUAGGUAAAUGACUGAUUACAAACAUGUUAUGCAAUUUUAUUUUAUAAAAUUUGGGGGGGAAAGUUUAACUCUGUAAAUCAUUUCUUAGCUCUGGUAAAAAUGCUUAUAUUGCUCCUCUAAAACAUGCUCAAUUCAGGCCUUUGUCUUUGUUAAGUGCCUUUUUUUUCUUUCUUUUCCCCCCUCUUUUGAAACUGUUCUCUGAUAUCCUAAAGUACAGGCUAAUAAGUCAGGGGAUUCAGGAGGGAGAAUCUCAAACUUGCCAACGUCAUGUCAUGCUGUACUCUUCUACCUUUCCUUGAUAUGUAAAUGGAUAUGUGUGUAAGAUGCAGACAUACAUAUAUAUGUGUAUAUAUAUAUGUAUACAUGUGUAAUAUAUAUAUAAAACUAGUAGCUGCUGUACCAUUGCAUCCUUUCUGAACACUCCCCUCUCAGUGUUUGCAAGACUUCUGCCUUGUUUAUUCCACUGCUUUUAGGCAAUUCAAAUGGGUGGAUUGGGAAAUUGUCUUUUCACAAGAUGCUAUCUUCCCCCUUUGAAUAUCUGUUUGUAGAUGUUAACAAAAUAUAUAUAUACAUAUAUAUUAAGUCAUUUCUUAAUAUAUAUGUGUAUAUAUAUUUUUUAUUACAUAUAUAUGACAUAUAUAUAUAUAUAAAAUAAGUCAGUUAUUACAAGUGACAUAAAGUUAGUGGACUCAUUGACUAUUCCCGGAUGCAACCCACUGCUCUGUGUUCUUCAAAUGGCAUGAGUAACAUUGGAAAGCAUUGGAAUAACAAGAGUCUUUUGUGGGCCGAGUAGUAAGGGGCGCUGUGGCAGGCAGAAAGACAUGGAAGGGCUAGAGGUAGAGUCAUGGCAUUGUAUCUGAAGACGUUUGCAAGGGAGUGAGCAACUCUGUCAACAUUAAAAAUGCGUCAUAUUUUCUUAUAGGAAAUGAUUUUUGAAGAAUUCAUAUAGCUGCGUAUCUGUCAAAAGGUUAAUAAAUUUAGAAGUAGAAAGACUUCAGAUACUGGGGAAAAAACACUCAUGUAACCUGUAGCAUUCUUGAGAGAUCUUCAGUUUUGUUUUCAUUUGCCAGAUAAUUACAUUUGGCAUAAUCUGCUUUUAUGGUUAUUUAGAUUCCUCCCUUGAGCAAAAUAACAUAAUUUUCAGUUUUUUGUGGAAAACAGAUGUGACAUGUUAAAGGAGUCUAAAUUGAACCAAUCCUCAAAACCCAGUUCAAAUAUCUAAUAAGUGCCCCCCUUUAAAAUACAUUUUAAUUGGAAAGAGGAGACUGGUGGCUAAAAAGAAAGCAGAGGCCCCUGGUAGUGUUACCUGAUAGCAAAACUGCCAUCAGGCAGCCUGUGUUCAGGCGUGUUACUCUUGGAUUACUAUGUUUAGGGGGAAUAUCAUUUAACCUUCGUGCCUCAGAUUACCCAUUAGAAUAUUGGGUAUAAUAAUAUUCACCUACCUCCCAGGGAUAUCAGAGACUUUACUAUUUCAAAAAUAAUUUGAGUUUUUCUAAAAUGUUCUAUAUAAUUAAAGUAUUAUCAUGGUCCUGCAGAGACUAAAAUAUGGGUAUAAAAAGCAUCAUAUGAUUUUUAAGUUUUAAAAAAAAUCACUGGAAUUCUAAUUUAGAUGCAUAUUUGUUAUUUAAACAUUAUAUUUGUGUUGGGGUAAAAUGGUUACUUUCAGGUUCAUAAGUGGGGAGGGGGGAAUAACACUAAGUUUCUUAAUUAUACAUAGAUUUUCUUUUAGCCUUUUAUGGUGUUAUUACAUGUGUCGUUUUUGCCAAGGUUGCGGAGUUGAAGCUAGGUAAAGUUUGGAUGAUUGGUUAUUGGAGUUGAUAAAUGAUCUCGCAAGUUUUAUCUGCCUCGCUUUUCCAUCUUCUCCAUCUGAUUUUCUUAUAGUAGUUGUUUGGUGAUGGAUAGCUAAGCUUUUAACUUUCUAAAAAUGAAUGGGCAUCUCCUCAUUCGUGUAAAUCAGAGCUUGUAUACUAUUCCUGUAACUGUAGGUUUGUCCAGCUUUGCACUGAGGAGUAAGCGCGACACACAGUCAGCUGGGCACACUUUUGGUCAGUCUACCUUUGUAAUUUAUGCUUCUUCUACCCAUGAAACAGUUGGAGCCAUCAACUGCUCAGGUUGUAGGAAACUCGGAGAGGGUAGGCAGGACUCCCUUUCUAGCUGGGUCAGGGGUGAGGAGGGUGGGGUAGAAGGAAACGUGUUUUGCCCGACUCCUAGGAGGAAAUGAAUAUCAUUUUAUCCCACCUUCUACCCCAGCGUAUUAGGUACUACUUCAUAGAAGUUUCCUUUUAUCCUUUAAAACAACAGGAAAAAAUAAAUGCUGCGUUUUUAGUUAGGGCUAAAUGCUGAGCAACAAUUGUUAGAGGUUGUGUGUAGAUUUGAAUUGUAGCACAUAUUCAGGAUCGGAAAAGAAAGUGUAAGGGGAUGAGGAACAAACUCCAGCUCACAUGAGUCAGGAAAAAGCACCAGGCCCAAGCAGACAAAGAACUGGGUUAAUUUCCAAAAUUGGUCAAGACCCAUUUAAUCUCUAGUGAUAGGACGUUUUUUUCUUAAAAAUCACUUUUUAGUUUUUUAUUGCUUUUUCCAGGUAAGGCCUUAGUUAGUAGCCUCAAAGUAUCAACUAUGCAGAUAAAUAUACCCUUUAUUUUCCACACUUUUCCUCUUUUUCCAUUCUUUAAAUAACAGAUGUUAAGACUUCUACCCAAAGAAAUAAGAUAUAAGGGUUUUGUUGAAUGUGUGUUUGUUCCUCUAGGGAAAAUUAACAGAAGCAUAAAAUAGAGAUAUUUUAUGUGUUCCUCUAUCCUAAAAUGUGAACUUUAUAUUGAAAAACUAAGUACAGAUCCUUUCACUGGUGUAAAACAGUAGUUACAAUCAUGGAGUAUCUUUGGGUUGUUCAGAUAAAUCAUCCCAGUGUCCAAUUUUGAGAAAGUUUUAGAUGUGUGGCACAGUGUUCAGGUUUGUAGAGCUGAACAGAUGGGUCAGACUCUAAUUAGAAAUAGCUUUGAAUAUUAAUGUUGAAUUCUUCUUUCUUUAUUUCCUCCAGUCAGAGCUCUUAAGUUAACCCUUUCAUCAACCAGUUGCUACACUGGAGUAUCAGUUGCGUGUUGUUAAGAGUCUGGGGGAAAGGGUUAAACUGCCUGUCACCCCCUUUGGCCAUCUAUCCGAUGUCCCCAUUGAAUUCAAAAGUACAGACCACAGGCGUGUUCCAGGAGCCCGUUCCAUCCCAGCUCAGAGGAUUUUAAACAGAUUGCCUUUGAAUGACUUGAUAUUAAGUUACUUUUUUUCUCAGAUACUCCCAAAGUAUCAUUUGCUUGAAAGUAGCGGUUUGUGAUCUUUAAUUUCCUCAUACUGUAAUACUUCUCAAUCUUUCUUACAUAUUUUCAGUUCAUAGUGGGUUAGUACUUAAAUUUCUGAUACUUUUCCGAACUAUUAUCCAAACUGGUCAAGAAUACUUUAGAAAUCUUAGUAGUAUAAUUCAGGGGGUCUGUCUUUUUAGGGCUUAGAAUUAUCACUGAUGAAACGAAUUUUUUUUCUCUUCUCCUUUGUAGUGAACAAUAGGUUUCUCUAUAAUGUGAUAGUAUCCACAUGUCAUGGCUUCCUCCAGAUACUUUUCAAGGUCCUUCAGAAGAGGUGCAGGUCUUUGUUAGGGGCUCUUAGUUCUCAUACUCCUCUGCCUUGCUUAUUUUCAUACUACCCUGGAAUAAACCUACUUUGCAAAGGCUUGCAUCAAAUAGGCCAUAUGAAUCCUUAGUACCAAUUUUAUGUUUCUCAGAAACUACAUUAUCGCUCCCAUUUUCCUAAUAAUUCUGUUUUACCUUAAAUCUAGUUUUGAAAUACUUUAUAAUGGAACACUCAUGGAAACCUAAUUAAAUUCAAACAAGAAGACGAUUACCUGAGAUAACUCAGAAAUCCUUCUGUUUUUGAAGUCAACAGCUCUGUCUAGCCUCUAAGCACCUUGAGGAGUUAGUACCCAAGGCAAGCCAGUUGGCAUCUUUUCCUAUGUGACAGCCUGCCCUUAAUUUGUCAGAUCUAAGCUAUCUUAUAUUUUCUAUUCUUGCAGCCAUAAACUUUCCUCAUUGUUUGCUUAUCUCUGCUGCUUGCUGGGGUGGUGUGCUCUGUGCCAGCACACUGGGUUUUCUUCCCCAUACCUGCAAAAUCACCAAGGAUCACCCCAAUUUUGGCCAGAGGCACUAAAAGAGAAGUUCUUCUCAGUUAACAAAGGUAUCACUGUUUUUAGAUAGUUGGAAAGUUGGCCAACUUUGGCCCAUUUAAAAAAUCCUGGCGAUGCCUACAUAAUUAAUUACAUAUACCUUCUGAGACUUUCAGAUAAACAGAGGCCCCUUCCACCAGUAGAGGUAGGUUCCCAAGUAAUUUCCUCUGAUCCACGACCAGCCUCCAGAGAAAGGAUUCCAGCUUUGUACUGUCCUUUGUUGGCUGUCAUUGAAAAAUUAUAGAAAGUAUCAAAAAUACAAAUGGUUCUUAAGAAGUGUAUGUAAAUCUGAAGCUUGCUAAACAUUGUCAAGCUUAAAAGAAGAGGAAAGGAAAUCUCUGGCUGGUGAAAAUUUUGUGCCCCAAAUAAUGUGUUAGUCAAAUCUACCAAGGUAACUAAGCGAAGAGUGUUUUCUCUCUCUCAUUACAAGAAACAAACUUUAUUCGCCGUUGUAAAAACUAUUGUGGGACUUCAGACCUAUUCACUAUAACUGAUCAGAAAUAAGGAUUCUGAUUUUUAGUCUGGCUAAGCACAUAUUUCCAACCUUUACGGUAUAAAUUUGAUAAGGGAAAGACUUUUGUUUGGUAACAGAAGGAAAACCAGGACUUAUUGAUACAGUGUAUGUUCACUCGAUAGAGGAACUUCCCUCCGGUUACACAUCUUCCUCUUCCUUUAGCCACCUCCACCCUCAAUAGAGAUGCCAGCAUGUUUUACAACCAACCUUGAUGGAAGGAGCCCGAAUAAUUGCUGCUCCUCUGGGUGAAAGCACUGGUUAUUGUAUUGCAUUUGUUGAUAGGGAGGUGCAUUUUUGCUAACUUGAAGGGAUAUGCUGUAUUUUAAAUAAGCGUGUGACUUAAUAUUUGGGGUUUUUUGGUUUUUUUCUUCCUUUAAAACUGGACCUGAACACAGCUUUGAGUUGAUAUUUGUAAUAAUCUCAGGACCUGAAAGAUUGUAGCAUUUAGUGUGUCUUAAAAAUUAUGUACUGUACCAGCCAUGGAUUUUUGUAAAUAUACCUGUCCCCCUUUUUUGUAUUAUUUUAGUAAAAAAAAAAUAAUAAUAAUAAAUUUAAAUAAAAGGGGGGUGAUGACUUGUGAAUGUGUGUGGGUAUGUAUGUGUGUGUGUUUGUAUAAGGCUCUUUUGAGACGAACUGGUGCUUGUUUAAUUUCCGGCUCUCAUCAGAGCAGGAAUAUGGACAAACUGCUGCUACUGAACCCUGCACUGAGCCUAGGUUUUCCCAUUCUGUCUUUCCCAGUGGUUAAUUAGACAGGAGCUACCAGGAACUGACUGAGGAGUUCAAGUCUUCUUCCCACUGCUACCUGGCCUUCGCUUUCUAAUUCUACACACCCUUUGAAACUGAAUGGUAAAGCUCUCCAAACUAUGGGUGGUUUCGGGUCUCUAGUGUUUAGAGAGCUCCUCACUAUUUUCUAAGAAGGACAGGCCAAUUUUUUUAACCAGAAAAACAAAAAAAUUACACAUUUCCUAAAACCCUGAUGAAUUCUGGAUCUGUGAGAGGGCUUCAACAUUCCUAAAUAUGGAUCUGUGAAUUUAGAAAAUUAACCCCACGGAUAUGCUCCGUCAGUGCAGGGCACUUCUUUCCUUUCCUUUCCUUUCCUUUCUCUCCUUUUCUUUUGCAACAGCCUUGCUCAUAUUCCCGGUGUAGCUAGCAAACCCCUGUUUUGAAGCAGGAGCCUUAUUUGAUUUAGUGUAGAUGUUUCCUGUCUGUCCUUUGUGACAGGGCCUUUUACAUGAUUGUUUUUUCUUUUUGUAUGUGUCACGUGUUGUAUUAAAUAAAGAGGAAUGUACAUAUUA